UGCUUAGUGCUUUGACUGUUGUGUGCAUUCUUUUACUAAAUUUGUGUUAUGUUUUUCCUUAAAUUUUUAGCAGUAGUGUGUGACUGUAUGUAAAUUUGUAGAACUUUUUUAAUCUUUGUGCACUAUUUGUAGUAAUAAUAAUACGAUGCCGGGGCGCCGUUGUGCUAUGUAUGGCUGUAAUAACAGCCGUAUUUCAACGAAAACGGAUAAUCCGGAAAUAGUUUAUCAUAAUUUUCCCAAAGGAAAACAAUUUGGAUCUAACAUUAUUCGAAAGGAAUGGAUUAGAUGUUGUAAGCGGGGAGACAAUUGGAACCCUAGUACCAGCCAAAUCUGUUCUAUUCAUUUUGUUGAAAAUGAUUAUGAACGUGAUAUGAGAAAUGAAUUAUUAGGUUUGCCUCCACGAAAACUACUUAAAACAACUGCUGUGCCAUCGUUAUUUCUUCCAAACAAACCACAGGAUGUAACAAGUUUGCGGGCACAAAGAUAUAAUAAUAAAACAGAAAUUGAAGAAUUACAAAGAAAGGAGAAAAUAAAUAAAUUAAUUGUUGAUCAAGUUGCACCAAGUACUUCAACUACCCCAAUUGAAUCAAAUCUCUGCCUCGAUGAUAUGGAAACUUGUAAUGAAUCUGAGAUAAAUAUGCAAGUAAAAUAUAAAAAACUGCUUCACAAUUAUAAUGCAUUAAAAUCCAAAGUGAAAAUUAUGAAGCGAAAACUUAAUCUACAACAAAGACAAUUACAGUAUUAUAAAUUAAGGGAUAAGACGAGGAGAAUAUCUCUGAAAAAGAAAGCAACAAACAUUAUGAGAAAAAUUCACAUAGAUGGGAUAUAUGUACUGUGAUCAUAACAUUUGUAGCAGAAGGAUUUUGCAAUUUGUGAAAAAAAAUGUGAACCUCUCCUAGGAAUUUUCAGAUUGACUUUUCAACAUAAAUUAUUUUAUCGAGGAAUUUCGAAUUAUUUCAAGAAAUAAUAAUUUUUGUUGAAAUUACAGCAUUUUAUUGAAUGUUAAUUUUAUAUUUGUGAUCCAUUAUAAAAAUUACAUAAUACUAUAAAUUCUACUAAUGUCAUCACUAAUUAAUAAAGUCUCGAUAAACUUACAUUUAAGUAAUUUAUGGAAAAUAAAAGUUGCAAAAAAAUUGAAGAAGCCAAUCUGAAAAUUCCUGGGGGGGAUCACAAUUUAUAAUAUGUAUAAAGAAAAUAAAGUUCCUACUUUAAACAUGAUUCGAGAUAAAUUAAAGCGAUUAUUCUGAUUAUAAUUAUAAAUCUUUAGAUACUUUACGACAUGUUUGAUUACAAUGCGGUUUUAAACAUAAUACACAUAAUUAUGGAAUCACAACGUAUAGUUGCACUUUGGGAAGAUUAUUUAUUAAAAAUUAGUCGACUAAAAAGGAAUAUAGCUCGGAAUAUAGUAUAUCUAGACGAGACAGAGCAAAAUUUUUCUGAACGCCUAUGAAUUCUUUAAAGUGAAAGUUAAAUAUUUUUAUGCGGCUCCAACUGAUUUCGUAACGACUAUACCUACUUAUAUUAUUUUGCGUUACGCGUAAAAUAUAUCGAAACAUCGAUGUUCUUUUGAUGUAUCAAACCCAUCAAUGUGACGUUCGCCGAUGUCAUACAUCGAUCAUCAAAAUAUCACCACUUUUUCUAAUGAAACUAGUUACUGUUUCGGGAUUUAUUUUCAUAAAUGAACAUUAAGAGCAUACUCUACACCACUAGUUUAAUUAUUUGUAGUUUUCUUUUUAUUUAAUAAAAAAACUUACCACUUA